CCCAUGGUGGGCCCGCAGUUAGUCACCCACAUUCUUCAGGCCCAUUGUGUUCUCACCGAAUCCUUUUGUCAAACGCUACGUAACGGCUAGAAUGAUGAAUUGGUUUCUGUAAGCGCUGCAUGCCAUGAACAUCACAGAAGCGUCUCCCAAGGAUACGGCACGGGUCCUGUUUCCACACAGGGUGAUUCUGCAAGCGGGUCUUCCUGAUUUCGGGGAGUAAUUUGUUCGACUUGUAAAGGUUCUUUAUAAGACCUGAUGCGCCAAGAUGACUCCAAUGAUUUGAUCUAUACAUCAUGUCGACCUCGGAUUGGGUUCGCCGGUGUUAGGAGGAAACAGUCUGUCAUCAUACACAUGUUGGAUGUUGACAGCUACUGUUAAAUUCAACACGAUCGGAUCUGAGACUGAAAGAACUCGUGCCACUUUCUUUUUUUCUUGAAGAACCAGGAGAUUUCAUUGCAAAAAAGACAUGGAAAUGCGAAGACGGACAGCCCAGGUACUGAACCUCGUUGUGCUAAUGACUAUCACGUUUGCAUCGCAAGCAAUGAGUGAUUGUUCAUUGCGUCCAUGUGAGAAUGGUGCUACAUGCCUAGAUGCCUACCUCGACCCAGGAUAUGUCUGUCUGUGCCCGGCAAACUUCACUGGUGCAAACUGUUCCCAGAUAUCAAAUAAAAGAUGCCAGUAUAGUUUCUCCAAUGCUUCCGGCAUCUUCAUGUCUCCAAAUUUCCCUGAUCAACAUGACAACUUUGAAGACUGUCUGUACCACAUCCGAGUGCCCGGAGCUGUCAAUAUCACCCUCAACAUCUCCUACAUGCACACGGAGACGCUCAAAGACUAUCUCCUGAUUGGUUCGGGAAGCAACGAAUCAAAUGGACAGGAGUACAGCGGACAGCUGGACCAGCCGCUAGUCCUCACCUUGCAGACCAAUCAGGUGUUUGUCAGGUGGCAUUCGGACUUCAACAUUAUUCAGGAGGGGUGGGUGAUCCAGUAUAAAACAGAUGGUUUGGAAUGUACAUGGCCCACCAAUCCAUGUGAACCAGGCUUCAGGUGUAUUGAAGGGUCUGGUAGCUAUUCGUGCCAAGAGGUGUUGAAGUGCUCCAGUGAUCCAUGUCAGAAUGGAGGCCAGUGUUUUGAGGGACCGUCGGCUUUCUUCUGUCGGUGUCCUGCAGGUUACACGGGGGAUCUCUGUGAAACAGAAAUCAGUUUAUGCAGUACAAGCAACCUUUGUAUGAAUGGAGCCACCUGUACUGCUCAGGGUACUUCAUCAUUUACAUGUGAAUGUGCAGAUGGCUGGACCGGGUCGUUAUGUGAUGAAGAGAUUCUGGAAUGUGCCAGUUCCCCCUGUUUAAAUGGUGCUCUGUGCUUUGAAGGAAUUGAUUCCUACUUCUGUCAGUGUCCCGAUGGAUUUGUUGGUGAACGCUGUGAAAAUGAGACCUUGGAAUGCGAGAGUAACCCGUGUCAGAAUGGAGGCCUGUGUUUUGAGGGAGUCAGUGCCUAUGCUUGUAUUUGUCCAUCAGGCUUCAAUGGCACGAACUGUGAAAAUGAUAUUGAUGAGUGUGCCAGCUACCCUUGCAUGAAUGGAGCAACGUGUAGUGAUGGCGUCAACCAGUAUAAUUGCACCUGUCUCCCAGGAUUCAAUGGUACAAACUGUGAAAUUGAUAUCCAGGAGUGUGCUAGUAACCCCUGUCUGAAUGGAGCAUCGUGCAUUGAUGGAAUAGACUCCUAUUCAUGUCAGUGUAAGCUGGGCUAUGCAGGGGACAGGUGCGAAACAGAUAUUAACGAGUGUGGCAGUACCCCUUGUCAGAACAAUGCCACCUGCAUUGAUCUUGUGAAUGCUUAUAGCUGUAACUGCACUGCUGGCUGGGAAGGGGAAACUUGUGAAAUGGAUAUUGCUGAAUGUGCCAGCAAUCCCUGUCUGAAUGGAGGUUCGUGCAUGGACAGCCUUGGCUUCUAUGAGUGCCAAUGUGUUGAAGAUUACCUUGGAGACCGCUGUGAAAUAGAUACGACCCCAUGUGGUAGCAGCCCUUGUAUGAACAACGCCACUUGCAGGAACUUGAAUUCAUUGGCCUAUAAAUGUCUCUGCUCCAUUGAAUGGACAGGGAGCAACUGUGAGAUUGCUGUGGAUGCCUGUGUCAACUCUCCGUGUCUGAAUGGAGGAAACUGCACCAAUCUCUACACUCACUUCAACUGUUCAUGUCCGACAGGGUGGAGUGGCUCACAAUGUGAAAUAGAAACGAUUGAGUGUGUCAGCCAGCCGUGUUUGAACGGAGGCACCUGCUUCGAAGGAAACAAUGCAUUCAGGUGUGUCUGCCUGCCAGGCUACACAGGAAUCGUCUGUGAAGCAGAUAUUGAAGAGUGCUUGAGCAGCCCGUGCCUAAACAAUGGAACUUGCAUCGAGGGAGUGAAUGGAUAUAUCUGUCAGUGUCUGACGCACUACACAGGCAUCCAUUGUGAGCUAGAAGUGGAUGAGUGCUUAAGCAAUCCUUGUCUCAAUGGAGCAACUUGCAAGGAUCAGUUGGGUGCUUAUGAAUGUAUGUGCCCCAUGAACUACACUGGUGUGAUCUGUGAUACAGAAUUAAAUCCUUGCGAGAGUCUACCGUGCCAAAACGGUGCCACAUGCAACAACUUGAGAACCACCUAUACCUGUGAGUGUGUUCAAGGCUAUGAUGGAAUCAACUGUGAGCUUGUCACUGACCUGUGUGCCUCCAACCCUUGCCGGAACAAUGCUACCUGCAUCAAUUACGCCAACUACUAUACUUGCAACUGCACAGCGGGUUGGGCUGGCCCACUCUGUGAUGUUGUCGUGGACCCCUGCGCAUCCAAUCCCUGUCAGAGCGGUGGAUCCUGUAACUCCUUCUUGACCUACUUCACCUGUACUUGCCUCCCAGGGGUAUCCGAAGAUCUCUGCCAAUUCGCCUUAGAUCCAUGCACUUCUCUCCCUUGCCUGAAUGGUGCAACAUGCUCCAAGAAUGGGACCUUCUACCAAUGUGUAUGUCCCCCAGGCUGGACUGGCAAUGACUGUGGUGUUGACAUCGACGAAUGUACCAGCCAGCCGUGUCUAAAUAACGGAACUUGCGCUGAUUUAAUGAAUGGUUAUCAGUGCACCUGUGAAGACGGAUGGAACGGGACCAACUGCCAAAUACCUAUUGAUCGGUGUGCUAGUUCCCCCUGCCUUAAUGGAGGGCUCUGUAAUAACUACAGGACCUAUUACACCUGCAGUUGUGCCCAGGGCUUCACAGAUAGAAACUGUCAGACAGCACUCGAUGCCUGUGGCCCCAUUAACCCAUGUCUGAAUGGAGCAACCUGUGACAACCGCCUCACGUUCUACAUCUGUCAGUGUGCGGACGGAUGGACGGGCACAAACUGUGACAUUGUUGCGGAUGAAUGCAACCCUAGUCCAUGUGGUAAUGGAGCGACCUGCACCAUUCUAUCCCCUGGGUCAUUCUCCUGUGCUUGCCCCGAUGGAUGGAUGGGUGAAACUUGUAACGAAGCUGUGGAUCUGUGCACCUCUGCACCGUGUCUGAAUGGCGCUACUUGCUUGAAUCAGCAGACCAGCUAUGUGUGCCUGUGUGUGCCGGAAUGGACUAGGGAACGCUGUGAGACAGAGCUGAAUGCCUGUGAUCCUGACCCCUGUAGAAAUGGUGCCCUCUGCACCAACCAUCACACUUCAUACACCUGCGAAUGUACUCCGGGUUGGACAGGAGUGGACUGCAACAUUGCCAUUGAUCUAUGCAACCCAAACCUGUGCCAGCACGAGGCUGUCUGUUUCAAUCUACAGACAGAUUAUUUUUGUCUCUGCUCUGCCCUUUGGACUGGCAAAAACUGUGAAACAGCUGUGGACGUCUGUGACAGUUCACCGUGCUUGAAUAAUGGAACUUGCCAGAGUACAUCAGACGCAUAUCAGUGUCUCUGUCCAACAACCUGGACAGGUGCCAACUGUGAAACAGCCCUCACACCGUGCGCAUCCAAUCCGUGUCGGCGCGGCGGUACAUGCAAUGACUACGGGACCUACUUUGAGUGCCAUUGCCUACCUGGCUGGAAAGGAAUCCUUUGUCAAACAGCUGAGGUGCCAUGUCUGAGCAGCCCCUGCUUCAAUGGAGCUGAGUGCUUUAAUAACGGAGAAAAUUUCCUUUGUAUAUGCCCUCUUGGAUUCAGUGGACCGACUUGCUCAAUCGAUGAUGACGAGUGUGCAAGUUCUCCCUGCCUCAAUAACGGCACCUGCAUCGACGGGCCAAACUCUUACACCUGCGCUUGUGCAUCACGCUGGAUAGGUGAUCAUUGUGAGACAGAGCGCAAUGCAUGCAGCAGCAACCCCUGCCAGGGUAGUGGGGAAUGUGUCAACAUGUACACCUACUACGUCUGCCAGUGCCCGCCGGGAUUCUUUGGAAAUCUUUGUGAAUACGAUGUGAAUGAGUGUGCAAGCGGGCCAUGUCAAAACGGAGGAACAUGUACGGAUGGCAGCAAUGGAUUCAAUUGUACCUGUGAUGUCAACUGGACAGGGCCAACAUGUGAAAUAGGUGUAGAUCCUUGUGACAGCUCACCCUGUGCUAACGGCGCAACCUGCACCAGUAAUGUGAUAGAGUUUGCUUGUUCAUGCCGGCCAGGCUGGCAGGGAAGACUGUGUGAUGACAACAUCGAUGAGUGUGCGAGUUCACCUUGUCUGAAUGGCGGGACAUGCACUGAUGCUGUGGACGGUUACCAGUGUGAUUGCACACCAGCUAGAAGUGGCAAAAACUGUGAAUUACAGGGCAGCUGUGUCCUUGAUUUGGCUGCACAACCGAAUGACACCCUGAUCAUCCACACACCAAACUUCCCUGCCAACUAUGAUGACAACCAGUACUGUCGCUGGAUGGUGACCGGCCCCGAGGGUGCUGUUCUGCUUGUCGAUACUGUGGAGUUCCUGACUGAACUGAACUAUGAUUUGGUGAAAUAUGGCAUGGGCUCGGACCUCAACGACCCGGGGUCCAUUGUGCUUCAGACAUCAGGGGACAAGGUUCCCAUCGCAUUCAAGACCGAGGCGAAUCAACUGUGGAUGACAUUCACCUCAGAUCAUGACAAGACGGAGACAGGAAUUUCAGUCCGUAUUACUGUGGAAAGUGAAAGAGAUGUAACCGAUGAAUGCAGCAGUAACCCUUGCCUGAAUGGCGCGACGUGCCUGAACGGCAUUGACAAGUUUGCAUGUUACUGCAUGCCUUUGUUCACCGGACCUCUCUGUCAAACUGAAAUUAGUCCCAAUAUGUGUUACAGUAAUCCCUGCCCUCCUGAAGCAGAAUGUGUCAGCGAAAACAAACAGGUCAGGUGUGUGUGCCCUGAGGGAUUCAGGCAUCCGUCCUGCUCCGUACAGGAGGUUGGGUUAUGCGACAGUUCUCCUUGCAAGAAUUCAGGGCUAUGUACGGAGACAGCAGAUGGUCUGAGCUUCACCUGUGACUGCGCUGCAGGACGGGAGGGAACCUUCUGUGAACUUGACGUUGACGAAUGUAAGAGCAACCCUUGUCUGAAUUCCGGCGUCUGCAUGAAUGGAAUCAACCGCUUCACCUGUGUGUGUAUGCCCUACUGGGCCGGCCCCACCUGCAACUCGCCUGUGAUUGACCUGCAGUGUCUGAACAGCCCUUGUCGGAAUGGUGCGACAUGUCAAGCUAAUGGGGAUACCUACCAAUGUGUAUGCCAGCCAGGCUUUCAGGGACAAUUGUGUAGCAUUGAUGUCAAUGAAUGCGAGAGUAGCCCAUGCAUGAAUGGAGGAACUUGUGUGAAUGGCAUCAAUGAGUACAUCUGUCAGUGUCCGUUUGGUGCCGUGCAAGGGACCAACUGUGAAACACCUGUUUGUGAGACGUUACCAUGUCAGAACGGUGGAAUCUGUCAGGAGUCUAGCCCCUUCGCCUUCACAUGCAGCUGCCCUGUCGGAUUUGUUGGCCAGUUCUGCGAAGUCCCCACAUCUAGGACAUGCGAGACCAGCUUCUGUAACUACCACGGCAUUUGCGUGAUGACGGAGCAGCAGGUCAAAUUCUGCAGCUGUGACAGUGGCUACUUGGGAGAAUUCUGUGAGGCAGUCAGGAAUCCCUGCGCCAACCACCAGUGCCAGAACAACGGUACCUGCUUUGCCACCAGUCUAAAUGACUACAUGUGUCUCUGCACUGAGGGGUACGAGGGACACUUCUGCAAUCUGGAGGUGGAUGAGUGUGCAUCCAACCCUUGCAUCAAUGGUGGUGUCUGUAAGGAUCUCUUCAGGUCGUUCUCUUGUACCUGCCCUGAGGGAUACAUUGGAGACCUCUGCAAUACCAAGCUUGUCAUCCAGAACGGGUCGGGUGCCUUGCAAGGUAGUAACCUGGAGAUGGAGUGGAUCAUCAUUAUCGUCCUGUUGGUGCUCUUAACGCUCUUCCUGAUAGGCCUACUCUGUCUGUGCUUCUGCUGGAGCCGGAAGGAAGGAGACCGGGAGUAGGGACAGUCUUCCCGGAGCAAGAUCGUUCAAGGACUGCUAGUUACAGGAGUUGAUUCUUGAAGCACCUUCUUGCAUCUUGUGACUAGAAGGAAGUGCCAGCGAUUCUUAAUAGUCAAACUUCAGGCAUGUCGACAUGAAAUUUCAUGAACUUGGCCUACCCGGCGAACGUUGCAGUGAGGCACCACUGACGAUAGCUAGAAACACAAUAAACCAAGGUUGGCCAAGCCCAUAAAUAAUCCAAGUAUUGAUUAGGAUUUGCUGGCAGUCGACUGUGCUCAUUAUGUAGAUCCUCAUGCACACAGGUCUACUCAAGCGGCAGAAAUUGAAAAUGUUCUAUACAAAGUCUUUUUACUUUAAUCUGAGGGGCUGUCAUUCAUGUGAAAAUGAGAAAAAUGGUAUUUUUGUAAGAACUCUGUACAUUUGAAAAUAAAAGCUUUCAAAUAUUGAGUAAUUUGAAGGAAUGUUUGUAAAUGUUUAAAUGGUGUAUUGGACAUUCAGGUAUAUGCUGACAUUUGUAUAGGAUUAAACUUUUAUGUUUAAAUUACAGUUCAUAUAUAUUUGGGUCAGUCAUGGUAUCAGGUAUUGUGGAAUUGCUUGCAUAAACAGUAUUUAAUAUUGAUUAGAAUGUAUUUUAGCAAAUGAAGUAUUUUAUACUUGAUGUACUGUAAAGAUGAAAUGGUAGUAUUCUAAAUUUUUUACAGAGUAAUUGUUAUCUUUUUAACGAGUUACAGGCUUUUGCAUAAUUCAGGUAGUUGUCUUCCAUUCUGGGGUUAUUUUAGAAUACUCAAUAGUUUUGAGAUAUUUUUAACCAGAAACAUUUUGUAUUAGCAAAACAAAUGUCAGGUGGAUAAAAUUGAUUUGAUUGGAAGACCAGAAAUAUCAAAUAAAAAGAAAGCUUUUUUAUCUGAAGUUACAUGCAAACUUUGAAAUUGAAAUGACUUGUUCUUAGGCUUAAAUUGGGUUUUUAUCACAUGCUAGCGAGAGCAACGGUAGGAAAUUUGGUAAUACAAUGCCAGAUGCUGAAGACAAAUUUAUACCAAAUCUUCCCAAGAUCACCAGUCAAGCAACCAAGCUGUCCUGCUGACCUACUCUACUCUUUCCCCUCUAAAAGUCCAGUACUUUCUGAUACUGUACUUAGAGGGUAUACCUUUCUAUCAAAAGUGGAAAUCCAGAAAUCAAACCUUGUACUGUUCCAGCGGUAAACAAAAUGAAAUAGCUGCACAUGAUGCAAGAUAUGCGGCAAAAGGGACCCCCCUCUCAAUUGUGUCUUCUUUUGUGUUGAUGGAAUCUUUGGAAUUCCUUUCAGUUGGGGGGGUGCAGUAGGUACAAUAGCCUUAGGGUAUACAGCUUGUGCAUCACGGUGGGGGGUCUCCCUUUACCGCGUAUCAUGCUGGAUAUCAAUAGCUGAGUACUUAUGCAUCUUAUACUCUAGAACCUCUUGCUGAAGGGGUUGGAUAACAGAAGUGUAAUAAGAAUACUCCCCCCACAAAAAAGGUAAUUCAAGAUGUAAUAUGAGCCAGAGUUUCAUGAAGGAAACCUUUAUUUUGAGGUGCUGUACUUUACAGUGGUAAACAUACUUUAUUAAACUAUACAAUCUUUCUACACUUAAAAUCCAAAUUUUUAAACUUCUCAAAAACUUUACAAAAUUUCAGUUCAAACUGAACAUAAUAGAUCCUCACUCUGGGGAGAAAUGGGCUGUAUGCCAAGCAUAUUGCAUUCAAUCCUAAUUCAGUUUGACAUCGUUUUUUUGAAUUUUAAACCAGUGAGUACUUUUUAGUGGAUGCAAAUAAAUCUAUGAUGGGGUGUAGGACUUGAAA